AGUUCCGGCGCCCUGUGAGGGCGGGGGAGCUGGGAGGAGAGGGGAAUUUGGCCGUCGGUGUGUGGCAGGGUCAUGAAAAAGCGGCGGCGGUGGGAGAGAGGAGGAGGUGGCGGCGGGGGAGUGAAACUGCGGUAGCUGCCCGCUGGGCUGGUGGUGGGGCUUUGUGGGGAGGGCGUAGUUCCUAACCCCCUUUCCGGGCAGCCGCCGGGGCUCGGGGUUGUGAGUGGCCGUCAGGCUGCCUCCCCGGGCCCCCUGGCUCCGCCAUGUUCCGCAGGGCACGCCUUAGCGUGAAGCCGAAUGUCAGGCCUGGUGUGGGCGCCAGGGGCUCCGCCGCUCCCAAUGCCCAGCGUGGCCGGGAGUCUCCCAGGCCGCCGGAGCCUGCCACGGACUCCUCUUCUAAGCCAGCGGAGCCCAAAGAUGCGUCCGCCGUCCAUUUCGAUGCAGCGGAACCCCAAGAAAAGGCUCCUAGGAUCAGUACUGAAAAGACUGCUAGUGACAAUGAUGUUAAAGAAUCCAGUAAAUCUUCCUCCAAUGUUUCACAGAGAAGAAAGCGAAUAUCAAGUACUCCUCUGGUUAAGUCUAGCGUCAGUGUUUCUUCAGAAUCCCAUCCCUUAUCUACUGUUAAUCAAGCAGCUCCACAGCAAGUUGCCACUCCAACAAAAGAGAAACAGCCAUGCUCAGACAGAUACCGAAUAUACAAAGCCCAGAAACUGAGGGAAAUGUUAAAAGAAGAAUUGAGAAAAGAGAAGAAACAAUGGAAAAACAAAUAUGCUGUAAAUGAAAGUCAGAGGCCACCAGAUCGUUCAAAAAUGACUAUGAGAGACUUCAUAUAUUAUCUACCAGAUAAUAAUCCAAUGACCUCUUCACUGGAACCGGAAAAGAAAACCGAAAAGCCAUUGACUUCAGUCCAGAAAAAAGAGCAAGAAGGUAAGAGAACUCCUAAUGCUGAAGAUAAUGAAAUGGAAGAAGAGACAGAUGAUGGGGCAUUACUGGUUCCUCGGGUAAAAGUGGCAGAAGAUGGUUCUAUUAUUUUGGAUGAAGAAAGUUUAACUGUAGAAGUUUUAAGAACAAAAGGCCCUUGUGUUGUUGAAGAAAAUGACCCCAUAUUUGAGCGUGGUUCUACAACUACUUACUCCAGCUUUAGGAAAAACUAUUACUCUAAACCAUGGUCAAAUAAAGAAACAGAUAUGUUUUUUUUAGCCAUCAGCAUGGUGGGAACUGACUUUUCUAUGAUCGGACAGCUUUUCCCUCACAGAGCAAGGAUAGAAAUUAAGAAUAAAUUUAAACGUGAAGAGAAAACCAAUGGAUGGAGAAUAGACAAAGCAUUCCAGGAAAAGCGCCCUUUUGACUUCGAUUUUUUUGCUCAUUUGCUUCAGAAAGUUCUUGCUGAAGAAGAGAAAAGAAAACAAAAAUCUGUUAAAAAUCACAGUUUAAAGGAGAAGAAAUCCACUAAACCACGGAAAAAUGUAAAAGUGAAAAAAGUUGCCUGUGAAGGAGUGAAUGAUGAUCCAGAUGAGUCUAUGAGUUCUAGAAUUUCAGACACAGAAAGAUCUCAGAAGGAUGCUCAGACAGUUGAAGAAGAGUUUCUGACUUCAUCAGGGGAGGAUGCAGAACAGGUUGCAUUAGAAAUAGACCUAAAUCAAAAGAAACGAAGAAGGAAGAAUCAAGAUAAGGCUAGUGAACUGGAAGUAAACAAUCUUUUAGAAAAUGCCCCUGGUGAAGCGGGUCCUUCUAAAGGAAAAAAACACAAGGAUAAAUGUCAGUCUAUAAGUCCUGAUGUAAAGGAAGGUGAAUGCAGUAAGGAACAGAUGCCUUCCAUAGAUGGCAUUGUGGGUUCUGCCUCCAGUGAAAAAACUGAGAAAGGAACUGACCCCAUCCUUUCAUUAAGUCAUCAACAAGAUGUCACAUCAGUAGCAACUGCUGAGGCUUCAGAAUCAAGCACUCUAGAUUUGCCUUCAUUAGAAGUUGGAAUUAGAGCAUUGUGUGAAGUAAAUAAUGCUGUAGGUAGCUGUACAGAAGAAAGAAAUAUUGACCUAAAAAAAAAUUCACUGGAAAUUGAUCAAACAGAAAAUGUUAAACCUAUGUUGAGAGGUCACCUCCAGAGACCUAAACCCAAUUUGUCAAGGGCUGGGAAGAAAUCAGUUCUUUCAGAAGGCAAAACAGAGGCAGAGAGCAAGAAUUCACACUCAGAAACUUCAGUUGAAAAGAACCACAUGGAAAAGGAUAAAACGAAUAUGUUGGACAAUCUGAGAACGGAGACUACAGAGAGAGAGACUCCAGAAGCUGAAACCGUAUCUAUUUUGGGUGAAAAAAAGUGUCUGCAGGAAGGUAAUCAACUAAAGGCGUUCAAACCUGCACAAGUGAGGGGCCGAUUGCAAAAGCCAAAGCCAAAUGUAGGUAAAGCUGCUGAAAGAAGAGAAAUUCUCAUAUCACAGCAAGAAAUUGGGGCCAAUGUAGAAAAGAAUGAAAAUGAAUCCUGCGUUGAUAGAGAUGAAAAGAAUCAAAAUGAGUCAUGUACUCCUCAGUACAUGGAAUAUCAAUUGUGUAAAGAUUUUGAAGAGGAAGAUGUCAUAUUACAGCCUGAGAAAAAUUAUUCUUUGCAAAAUGUGCAGCCAGAUGAGCCCAAAGUUCUUAGUGAAUAUCUAAGCAUUCAAGAGAAUAAUAAAGCAAAUAAACAUGACCAAGUCUCAAUUCUAAGGACUCGAUUUCAGAAACCAAAGCCAAACAUAGGAAGAAGAACUGGAAGAAGAGAAAUUUCCUCAAAGGAAGAGGUACUAGAGAAGAUUGCUGUGUCUGGGGAAAUGACAGCAGCAUUGAGAGAAACUAUAACACCAGAUACGUCACCAAGGGAGAUGGGACCAGCAGAUACUAGUACUACUAAAGAAAUGCAGUCAGAUUUAAAAGAAUCGGGAAGAAGAGCCAUUUCUCCCAGGCAGAAGAUUGUAGAUGUGAUUGAUGUCACCAUGGAAAUGGAGACAGGUUUGAAAGCAGCUGGAAGGGAGAUUUCCCCAAAGGACAAGACACCAGAGGUGAUUGAUACCACUAAGGAAAUAGACAAUUAUUUGGAAGAAACUGGAGGAAGAGAAAUAUCCCCAGAGGAAAAUGGCCCAGAGGAACUCAAGCCUAUAGGUGAAAUGGAGACAGAUUUGAAAGCAACUGGAAGAGAGAGUUUCUCAAGGGAGAAUACACCAGAGGUGAUUGAUGCCACUAAGGAAAUAGACAAAGAUUUGGAAGAAACUGAAAGAGAAAUAUCCCCCCAGGAAAAAGGCCUAGAGGAGGUCAAGCCUGUAGGUAAAAUGGAGACAGAUUUGAAAGCAACUGGAAGGGAGAUUUCCCCAAGGGAACAGACACCAGAGGUGACUGAUGCCACCAAGGAAAUAGACAAAGAUUUGGAAGAAACUGGAAGAAGAGAAAUAUCUCCACAGAAGAAUGGCCCAGAGGAAGGCAAGCAUGUAGGUGAAAUGGAGACAGAUUUGAAAGCAACUGGAAGAGAGAGUUCCUCAAGGGAGAAGACACCAGAGGUGGUUGAUGCCACUAAAGAAAUAGACAUAGAUUUGGAAGAAAUUAAAAGAGAAAUUUCUUCACAGGAAAAAGGCCUAGAGGAAGUCAAGCCUGUAGGUAAAAUGGAGACAGAUUUGAAAGAAGUUAUAGAAGAAAUUUCCCAAAGGGAAAAGGGGCUAGUGGAGAUCAGUGCUGUAAGGGAAAGGGAGAUUGAUUUGAAAGAAACCGGAAAAGGCAUUUCCAUGAUGGAGAAAGUAUCAGGAGAGAUGGCUGCCAUUGAAGAAAUGAAGGCAGAUUUGAAAGAAACUGGAAGAGAAAAUUUUAGAGAAAGUGGAUCUGAAGAGAUCUGUGUUACUGAGGAAACGGUGGCAGAAUUGAAAAAAACUGGAAAAACAGACAUUUCUCCAAGGGAAAAUGAACUAGAGGAGACCAGUACCUCAAGACAAACUGAGACACAUUUAAUGCAGAGUGGUAGCAGUGACUGCAGCGCUAUGCCUUCACUAGAUACUAAAAACAUCAGCAGCAAAGUACUGUCGAUAAUGCAUACACCUGUAGAAGAAAAAAGAAAUCCUGAAAAAGAAGUAUCAAGUUGCUUAAGUCAUUUCAAGGUUUCUUCACAGACUCAUGAAUCUGAUAAAACAGAAGUCCAGGGGCUUCAAUCUCCAGAUGUUCCAGAGCAGUUUUCAGAUAUUAAUUUAAGCAAAUCUCUUCCUCAAGAACAGAAGCCACUUGAAAUUAAACCAGCACCUUUUGUGAGAAGUCGAUUCAAAAGACCAAAACCAAACUUAGCAAGGGCAGCUUUGAAGAGAGAGACUGCAGAAUCAGAAAAAUAUGUAUCUGGGAAGAAAUCAGAAACCAAGAAAAUGGAGACUAUUGUGUUGCAAGAGAAUAAUGAACAACUUGAUAUGGUCCCUUCUCAAUAUGAUGAAACUUCCCUAGUGAUACCAAGAGAAAAAGACACAUUGGGCCACAAGAAUGAGGAAGCUGUUAUAUUGCCAUGUAUACAGCCUGAAAAUAACCUUUCACCUUCAAAUUCUCCUGAACCUAAAGAGGACUCUCAGUCAGCACAAGCCCAAGAAAAUGACUUAGUUGUUUCUGUGGGGACUAAUAAUAUAAACACUUGCCAGCAAGAAAUGAAGGAAAGUGUCAUUCCAACUGCUCGACCAGUAAGGGGUCGACUUCAGAGACCAAGACCAAAUGUAAGAAAGGCAGGACAAAGGCAAAUAGAAAAAAGUGAAGCCAAAGACAUAAUUCAGGAAGAAAGAACAAUAUUACAAAGGGAUGAAAGUGAAAAGAAAGUCUUAAUUGUGUCAAAUUCUCAAGUUGAAACAGAAAUUGAAAUUCCAUCCUCCACAGUUUCAGAAUACAGAAUGUAUGAAAAUCAAAGUCAGGUGGUUCUUGUAGAAAACCUUCAUGUUAACAAAACAAACAAAACAGUCAGCCAUGAAAAUAAACCGUAUGUUCCUAGUGCAGUACAAAUGACAAGGAAAUUCCAAAAGGCUAAGCCAAAUUUGGGAAGAGCACAAAGUAAGAAAGAGGAACCAGUUUUAGAAAAAGGCACAGCAGAUCAGAGCAAGGCAAGCAAGCCAGACAAUCAUUUGCUGCAGAAAGGAGAUUCCAACACCCAGUUCCUUCUAAAAGAAAAAACUGAGCUUCUGACAUCUCUGGAGGUUUCAGCAAGAAAAGAUUAUGUAGGUCCUAAAGAAUCUGCUUUGGCAAAAAGAGAUGUUGAAUUAGAAGUUGGACCAUCAGGAAGGGUUGGAGAGGAAACUGUAGGAGAUAAUAAUUCAGUAUCUUCAGUUGUUGAAGAGCAGCUCAAUAAACUAACAAGCUGUCCACAACUGUUAAAAGAAUCAAAUUACUCAAAAAUUGCCCCGGAUGGGAAAACCACUAUCUCUUCUGCAUCUGAUUAUGAGAGAAAUCAUGGUGAAAGGAGGAUGCCUAGAAAGAUCAAACCAAAUGUCACCAGAGGUCGUGGAUCAAAACGAGUUCGGGGUAAGAAUUCUAAGAAGGAACCUAGAGCUCCCAAGGCCAUGCUGGUGACUCUUCGGGCUUCCCAGGAAGAAGAAGAUGAUGCUGAUGAUUUUGAGUCUGACUAUGAAGAAGAAAGCUAUCAUCUUGCUCCUGAAGAAGUAAACAAAGCUCCAGUGUUUGUACCUGUUGGUCUGAGAUCUCCUGAACCUGUUUCUGCUCAGAUUGAGGAAACAAUGGAAGAGCUUGAAAUAACUGUGAAUGUCCCAGAUGUAGGAUCCAUAGCUGUUGUUGAACAUCAGCUCCCAAACACAGAUGUGACUACUGAAGAAAUGAAACAAGAGAAUUUGAAUGCACCAUCAUUUGAAAUGACCACAGGUGAACAUAUCCAAGAUGAACCAGGUACCAAUGAUGGAAGCACCGAAGCUGCAAUAACUUUACUUACAAUGGGAGAUCUAGUAUUGCAGUCAGAGAUCAGUACUGAACAGGAUGAUGUAGGAGUAUGUAUACUUCCUCAUGUUCAUUCAAAGGAUAAAAGCCAUAUUCCUUUUAGUCUAGAUAAUGUAAAUCACAGAAUUGUUCAUGAAUGUCAGGAGCUUUCUUCACCUGUCAUUACUACAUCUCUUGCAUCAUUUGAAGAAAACAAGAUUGUAUUGGAGGAGCAAAGUUCCAGAAAAGAAAUUAGUUUAAUGGAGAACGUAAAGGAGAAUGCUACACCAACCAGGAAUACAACUUCUAAAGUGACCAGUAAUUCGAGAAUAAGUAGAUUUGCUAAGCCUAAACCAAAUCUUGAGAAGAUUUUAGGGACCAACAGGUUAGAUGAUUAUCAGGAAGUUUCCAGUUUGUGUGUAACGAAAGGGGAAGAACCGGAAGCUCAAAGAGAAACAGAGAAAAAUGCUUCCAAAGCAACAGAAUUGGAAGAUAAAAACCUUGGACCAGUUACAGCAGCAGAGAAUAAGGAGCAGAGCAAAUUGGCAUGUGUGCAUGGUAUCAAAGGGACCAGUAUUCCUCAAGAAGUAAACCUAACUGAAAGAAAUGAAAAUCAAGAAGAGAGCUUUCAAGAGGUUCACAUGUUUUCAGCUGCUCCAAUUGCUUCCUCUGAGACAGGGCCCAGCACACUUGGUUUGGAUAGGGGUCUUGGUGAAAAUUCUGUUGAAGAUCCCCAGAUAAAGGACCGUAAAGGAGGCAGUGUACUUACACUUCCUGUGCCAGAGUAUGCACCAACAGGUAUUCCAGAAGUCCAACAAGAGAAUAUAAUCAAUCCUCAAGACCUAACAGUGAAUCUAGUUGCUAAUAUAUCUCAAGAUGGAGAAGAUGAACAAGCAUUUAUUUUAACUCUGGUGGAAAUCCCAACCAAUGCAGUAGAAGAAUUUACUGAUGCCGCUGCACAGUUAAUGCCAAACCCUUUACUGCCAGCUCCCAUAUUGGUCAAAUCCAUGAAUACUGGAAGGGGUGAUGUGAGUAUUUGUUUACCAGCAACUUCAGUUGGUCAGGAUGCCAUGGGUUUAUCUAUUUCUGGAAGAGAUGAUUCUAAAAAGCCUUCUGAUAAUUUGGAUCUUGUAUCCAGGAAGAGAUUUCAUUGCAGGCUUGAUGAAAAUGACCACAUUCCUCCUGCCAAAAAAUGUUUGCUCGCUUUAAGAGAUGAUUGCCAAGAAUAUACUUCUGAGGUGCACUCAAAGGAAUUAACAAAUGUUGGGGAAACAGGGGAGUCUCCCAAGGGACAAGAUAUUUUUCUUACCUCAGGAAGCACACUGACAACUCCAGAACAUCAAAAAGAGCAAGUUGAACCAGCUUUUCAGAGUAUAGGAUCUAGAUCUCCUGAUACAUGCAGAGACAAGAAUGUGCCUCAGUUACCUCAGAAUGAAAUGAUUGUGUCUGAUAAGGAAAAAAGAACUGAUGCUGCUCCUAAGUCUGAGCAAAUGGAUAAAACAUCAUCUACAAAAGCCCCACUAUCCAGACCUGGCAGAAGACCCCUGGGAUUUUUGUCUUUAAUAUGUUCAAAGAAUAAUUUGGAGUCUGAUGAACCUACUCAGUUUCAUAAUAAGAAACGCCUAAAGCCUCUUAUACCUGCAUUAAGACAGAAAUUUAAAAGAUCCAAUCCAGUUAAUGAAAGCCAGAAAAAAAAUGGAGAGUCCUCUGAUCCAGUUCCAUCUCCAAGUGUUAUUAAUACUCAAUCUGAGAAUAUUAGCAGUUCAGCAACUAAGGUUUCUUGUGAUCAGCCCUUACUGAAAGGAUAUAAAAGUGGCCAAAAGUGGGCCCCUGAAGGGGAGCCAACCACAGUCUCUGAAUAUUUCUUCAAUGAUAUCUUCAUUGAAGUGGAUGAAACAGAAUGAAACAAUCUUUUGUCUUUUUCUUUUUAAAAUUAAGUCUAGGAUUUCCAGAGUCAAUUACAUCAACAAAACAGUAUUUAGAGCAAAACAUCACUGUCUAUUUUUCUUUAGGUUGAUUUUGAAUAUUUAAUGAGCUUGAUUUGAAGCUUUUAUAAUCAGUGGAAAACAUUUCUGAGGUUCCUUUCAUUCUAAUUGUUUCAGCAUUUUGCAAAUAGCAAGUGAUUAAGACUGCUUUCUCAGACAGAAGUAAUAACUCUUGUUUACAUUUUGACUCUUCCUAUGCUAAGCACACAUGGACAUUUGGGAAUGUUGUGGAUAUAUGUCUCUGUAUGAAUUGCAGUGCAGGCAAAUUUGGGGGUUGAUUGUAUCAUAUUUAACACUCAGCAACUUAUUUUUUCUUUUUUUUAUUUUUUACUUUUAUUUAUUAAUUUUUUUU